GACCAACAUGGUGUCCAACGAAAGGGUGCCCAGACCAGGGAUGGCGGAGAAGCCGGAAGUGGCGGCAGAACCCAGUGCUACUACGCCUGCAAAGAACAGCCGUACUGAGCGCGGCGACACUAUGCCCGUGGCGUGCGUGACGGGCGAGAACACAAAGGAGGCGGCAGUGCCCCCUGACGGCGUGUGUGACUACCUCGUGUUUGCACACGUUGCACUCGACGAGUCAAACAGCCACUUCAUCGACACCGGCCGCAACGACGAGGCGUUCCAGGCUUUCAUGAAGGCCGCUUUGCGGAGCUCGGCCACCAGGUUCCUGCUGUCGGUGAACCAGCGAGACAGCGCCGACUUCGCCUCUCAGCUAGGGGACGAGGCUCGGGCAGCCAGGGUGCUGGGCCGCUACCGAGCCACGCGCAUCCGCGGGUACGGGUUCGCGCACUACGACCUCCGCGACACGGACGCCGACCGGACGAGGCUCAAGACGCUGCACAAACUGCUCGUGGAGUUGCGGCGCCUCGAAGGCGGCGAAGAGCUCGCGGUCUUCAUGGGCAUCCGUUUCGUGCUCGAUCCACCUAAGCGCCAGAACCGUCUCAAGGAGCUGGUCAAACACGUGUCCAAAUCGCUCACAUUCCUGGUGCUUAUCACGCACGUGACCCCAAGCCACACGGCGGCGACGGAGCCUUGCGUCGUGGACCCCAUUGACAGCUGGACCAACGCCUCCUUCAACAACCAGAGCCACCUGUCUAUGCGCGAGGCUGCCCAGCUGGUGCGGCUGCAAACGGGUGACGCGCAGCGCCACCAGUCCUUCCUGCUGUCGUCGUCAAUGGCGGUCGUGUACUACGACAUCGACGAGGACGUCGACAGGAAUGCAGAGCUCAAGGACGUCCCGUGCACGGGUGCCGUCGUCUCCUCGUACGCCACGGUGUGCAACAUCGAGAUGGGCUGGAAGGUGGGCGCAGAGGGCAUCGGCGACCACGUCCGCUACGAACAGUUCGCCGAAAUGGGCAAGUGGCGCACGUACAAGACGAGGCCGCACCUGGCAGCAGAGAUGCGAGCCGCACUGGACCUGCAGUUGGGCUCUCGGAGCCAGGGACUGGGUUGGGCCUUCUACGACGUCGACCUCGACGAUGGCGACGGCCGCUGCGCCCACACGUGGAAAGUGCGCUCGGCGCACGAGGCUCGCUUCUUCCGGCUCAAGGAAGCGGCGGCCAACUUCCGCGAGUACAAGAACGAGUUCCGCCAGACCGCCACACGAUACAGGUUCCGGUGAACAACACGCCGCCCAAGUCAUUUCCGACCUUCGGAACACACCUGGCGCCGUGUAGCGGGUUUUAUUGCGUUGUGCAAGGAAAUAUAACUGCGGCGUUUCAUUGCUUCGUCACGCUGGUACUGUAAGCUACACGUGCCGUAGUGCUUAACUAUAUAUGCGCGGUUGACCUGUCUUCUCUGUGUAUGCCAUCUGGCCAUGUAGUGACAUGCGGCAGAACUGGGCCCGUGUUCACAAAAAGCUCUUACUCCGGAAUUGUUCGUCCGAGAAAAUCUCUGCGAAUCCCUGUCCCGAUUAUAGUGAAUGCGGUCGACCUGUGGCAAAAAGAAGUUACGAAAGAAAAGCUUUGUGAAUUCGGCCCUAGAGACCGAAUUCACACUUUUCGUUCGUAUAAGAGCAUUUUCGCCAUUGGCCGGCCGUCUUUGUUAAUGAUACGUCCCGCAUCAGAA